CUUCCGCGCUCGAGCCCAGGUGCGUCUUCCUGCGCCGUUGAAGUGAACGGAGCCGCGGCCGCCGCUGGCUCGGCCCUCGCUCCUCGCCCCCCCCCACCUCUGCCUCCAUAUAAGGCGGCGGCGGCACAUCUGGACACGGCAGCUGCGCCGGCGCCUUCAGGAUGCGCGUCGUGGCUCUGCUCUGGACGGCGGCCCUCGUGCUGACGGCGGACGCCUGGGGCUUCAGGGACGGCGUUUUCCACAACUCCAUCUGGUUGGAGCAAGCAGCUGGAGUUUACCACCGCGAGUCACGCAGCGGCCGAUACCAGCUGACGUACCGGGAGGCCAAGGCCGUGUGCAAGUACGAGGGAGGGAGGCUGGCCACGCUGCAGCAGCUGGAGGCCGCCCGUCAGAUAGGGUUCCACAUAUGCGCGGCCGGCUGGUUGGACAGAGGCCGCGUCGGGUACCCCAUCGUCAAAGCGGGCGCCAACUGCGGCUUUGGGAGGGUGGGAAUCAUCGACUACGGCUACAGGCUGAACAAGAGCGAGAGGUGGGACGUGUACUGCUACAACCCCACCGCCAAGGAGUGUGGGGGGGUUCUGACGGAGCAGCAGAAGACCAUCCAGUCGCCCGGCUUCCCCGACCAGUACCAGGACCACCAGAUCUGCUACUGGCACAUCCGGGUCCGCCUGGGCCAGAGGAUCCGGCUGCACUUCCUGGAGUUCGACGUGGAGGACGACACGGCGUGUCUGGCGGAUUUCCUGGACGUGUACGACAGCUACGACGACGUGUCCGGCUUCGCUGGGAGAUUCUGUGGAGACUAUUUACCUGAUGACAUCAUCAGCACAGGAAACGUGAUGACGCUCAAGUUCCUGUCUGACGCUUCCGUCACAGCCGGAGGCUUCCAGCUGCAGUACACAGCCCUCAACGCGUCUAAGGAUUCAGUGCACUGAUGCUGCACAGCUGUAUUUAUACCUCACAUAGGCUGAAUAAAGUCUGCUCCUUAUUCUUCA